AUGAACGACGUCCGCGUCCGCGCUGCACAGGCCAUGACCACGACGCCCUUACCGGGGCCCAUGCCCGUAAACGCCAACGAGUGCGGCGACGACGAUACGGCCGUGGACAUGACGCUGUUCAAGGUCAUCGGUCUGCACCGUAUGCUAGACCCCGGGACCACGGGCCGUCGGUUACGGGCCGCGUACAAGUGCUUCGCUUACCUGACCGUGACCGUACAGCUGAUGCAGGUGGCAGGGCUGUACGCGUCGGUCAACGACCUGCAGCGGUUGGCGUCCUUGGCCGUGGUGGCGUUCAACGCGCUAAUGUGCUUGUUCAAGGGGAUCUUGAUGGUCACCAACGCCGACCGGAUGCGUGCCGUGCUGGACGUCGCCCUGUACCGGUACACGACGUGCGGUCACCGACAGCCGGCCAACAUGCGGCUGACCAGCGCCACGGCGUCCACGCUGCUCCGGACGUUCACCGUGAUUAGCUACUGCACGCUGGUCGUGUGGAUCAUCUCGCCGUUGUUCACCGGCGUCGGUUGCGUGCAGAUCGAACACAAUGACGGCACUUCCGGUGUUUACCGGAAGACCAUCGACAACAUGUGGCUGCCCGGCAUGUCCGAGACCGUGUACAACUGGCCACCCGUGUGGGCCACCAUUUACGCAACCGAGAUGGUCAUGAUGACGGUUGACAUGGUCAUCUGGAUUAUGUUUGACUGUUACCUGAUCACCGUAUGCUUCGUACUCAACGCCCAGUUCCGCACGUUGGCGGCCGGGUACGAGACGAUCGGCAGCCAAAUGUUGACUCUGCGGCGAGGUGUAGACUUCGACAAAAGUAUGGGCGGAAAGAGCGAUGACGGCGCUAUAGAUUAUUUAGAUUAUUACGAAGAAUUGAUCGUUCACAUCAAAGAUAAUCAAAAUAUAAUAGAGAAACACGAUGAGUUUUUUGAAAUUGUUCGACCUGUGGUCAUAACCCAAGUUGUCAGCAGUUCGAUUUCAAUCGUGGGAUUAGUAUUUCUCAUUGAACUUUUGUACUUUAUGGGUGAGCCAUUAACAUUUGGACCAGUUUUAAGAUUAAUCUUUGGUCUUAUCUCUAUUAUUUUCCAGUACUAUUUUUAUUGCUACAGUUUCAAUUCCAUUGAAACCGCGAAAAGUACGUUGAAUUUUGGACUGUAUAGUAGUAACUGGACUGAGAUGGAUUUAAAAUUUAAAAAAACUUUAUUUUUGGCCAUGAGCAUGAACUCCGCACACAUGAAGGUUAUGAGAUUGUCACCAAAAUCUAUCAUCAAUUUGGAAAUAUUCGCUGCGGUAAGCAUAUUUUGA